AUGCGCACUAGCAUGAGUGACGUCACUGAGGGAAGCAAUAUGAAUAAAGGAACCAUCAUCAUUCCCACAAAGGAAAAGACAUUUGGGAAACCAACUUUUUUGGAUGGGAUCACGAAAAGACUGAUCAACCAGAUCGAAGGCCCAAGACCUCAGACAGCGAGGCGCACCUCAGGAGGUUUAUACUUUGUUCACAUUGAUCUUGAUGAUAUUCCAGAAGAAAAAAGGGAGAAUAUCAAGCGCAGACUCCAAAUGAUGGACAAGAUCAUCAAAAAUUAG